AUGAAGCUCAGUGCAGUGAAAUGGCUUGCCUACCUCACGGCAAUGGCCUCGUGGAAAACACCAACCCCGACGCAAGAUCUCGCAACUCAGCCUUCGACCUCACAACCUCUAAAUCCACGCGAGGAAAAUGCUGCCAAUGCUGGGGGACCCUUCUGGCCAUUUGGUUUUCCAACAACGAACAUUUUCAUCACCGACGAUGGUCCAGUAGAGUUAACAGAAGCCAGACUUGGCACAUCGACACAAACAGUCACGAUUGAUGUGACGAGAAAUACUAUUAUGCGCACCACCACCGUGACCGGCACAGAUCUUAUCGCCGAGCCCGAAGAGCCAGAUAUUCUUACGACUACACCUCCUGCCGAGCCACUUGAUGAGACGUCGACGACUACGAGCCACGAGGCUUCUUCAACUACUUCGUCUAGCGAAAGCUCAACCACAUCAAGGAGCACCUCUACCUCGUCGAGUAGUUCUUCCAUUUCAAGCACCACAACAAGUACUUCCAGCUCGUCGACUUCAUCUAGCAGCACAGCCUCUGCAUGUGCCUACGGGCCCUUGUCCCUGCCUACGGAUAUUGACAAGACUAUCAGCGCGUGGAUGGCUCAGUUCCCCUUCACAAUACUCACGACUUCGGAGACCACAAGCACGACUACCUCUUCUAGCACUUCCACGCCAAGCACGACCACUUCAAGCAAGGGCACAAGCGCGAGCAAAGAAACCACACCCUCGACAAAUACACCUGCUCCAUCAACUACCGCUUCAUUUGUGGCUCCACAUGUACCACCAUUUGUACCAGAUGCAGAUCCUGCAUUCAGCUCGAGCCUGUCUGCUGAAUCCGUUUCACGAGCAGCAUCGGUGUCUUCCGCCGCUGCAGCGGAGGCCACCUCGAUAUGUCAGCACUGGGGCGUGAAAUCAUUCCCGAAAGACAUUCCCCUCGACUGGUUGCCAAAAACAGAUCAAACUGACGACGGCUACCUCUGCGUAGCCGAACCGGACAAAAUGAACAUCGACAAGGAUAUCUGGGGCACGGACUGGGAACUACAACCCUUCAGCAUCGACAACGGCUGGGAGGACACAGACCCCGACCAAACUCUCGUCGAAGAAUUCUGCGACAUGCUCGUCGACAACAGCGUGGACGUCACCUACGACGGCAAGGUCCAAGGCGCCUGCGCAGUCUACAGUCGCGGCGCAUGCAUCCGAGAAGAAAACGGCGAAUGUGCCAUGUACGAACACAAGCCUGUCGCCGCCAACGAAGCCACCGUCGUCUUCGCAGUGACCUACAAAGCCAACUCUCCCAAGUGUGGUGAAGAACACAACAAGUCAACCAACUAUGUCGACAUGGGCAGGAAGAAGUGCAAAGAGAAGCUGAACAAGAAUUUGAUCAACAAGUGUAAAUUUGACAAGAAGCCGAAGCAGGACAGUAAUGUUUACAAGAGCUUUCCGGUGCUUGGUGGGACUUAUUGGGAUGGGUGUAUGCAGUAUACGAUUGUGGCUGUCAAGAAUCCGCCCAAGGCAGGUUUCUAA